AUGGCGUCGGAAUACGCACGAGUCAUUCAAGGUUUGCCACAACUCACGGAAAAAACGAAUUAUGGAAAUUGGAAGUUCAGAGUAGAAUUACUGUUGGAGGAAAAGGGAGUAUUGUAUGUUUUGAAGGGUAUAAAAAGUGAAAAUUUUAAAAGGGAUGAUGCCAAGGCGCUGUCUAUUAUCGUGCAAUGCGUUGAAGAGAAGUACAUACAAAUAAUUAGAAAAGCAGAAUGUGCUAUCUCAAUGAUACAAUGUUUAGAUCAAUUCUUCGAAAGAAAAACCGUUUUCAGUAAACUAAAUUUAAGGAAAAAGUUAAUGCAACUUAAAUUUAAUUCAGGAAAAUUGCAGGAUCACUUCUUGGCAUUUGACAACAUAGUAAGUCAAAUAGAAAACAUGGAUGAAAGUGAGAAAAUCUGUCAUUUAUUGCUUGGCAUGCCACAAGACUAUGAAAAUGUAAUAACAGCGUUGGAAACAAUGAGUUGUGACAAAGAAUUAACCAUAGAAUUUAUAAAAACUCGUCUGCUGGACGCUGAAAUUAAAAUCAAAGAAAAAAUUGAAGAAACCAAGAAAGAAAUAAAAGAGAGUAAUGAUACAGAUAAUGCUGUUGAUUUUAGUGCACAAACCUGUUACAAGUGUGGCCGCAAAGGGCACAAAAAAUUUCAGUGCUUUUCUGGAGGAGGAAAGUAUAAUGGACGGCCAGAUAAUGGUAGAGGAAAUAAUUAUAGAGGUAGAGGAAAUAAUUAUAGAGGCAGAGGAAAUAACUACAGAGGUAAAGCAAAUCAUUAUGGUGAAAGAUAUCAGAAUGCAAAUGUAGGUGAGACACAAGGAUAUGAUGAACAAAGCCUAAACUAUGAUAUGCAUGCGAGUACAUAUGAAUGCAAAGCUAAUUUUAUAGAAGGUGAAGGAACUAUACAGUAUAUCAUUGAUUCAGGAGCAACAGAGAACCUGAUGCAAGAUAAAUUUAUGCAAUAUAUGACAAAAAUUGAAAAUUUAAAGUGUGAAAUUAAAAUUAAAAUAGCAAAUGGCUCUUAUUUAACUGCUACUAAAAAAGGAAGUUUAACAGCUCAUUGUCAAAGAGUUACAUUGAAUGUAGAAGCUUUAAUUGUACCUGGAUUAUGUAAUAAUUUGUUGUCUGUAAAACAAUUGAUGAAUAAAGGCUAUAUGUUAAUAUUCAAGGAUAAUACAUUAAAAAUAAUUAAAGGAGAAAAAACAUUUUAUGGUGAAAUAUCAGGAAAAUUAUGUACAUUAAAAAUGAAUAUAAAUAUUGGAGAAAUUUGCAAUAUAACAAAACAAGAGAAUUUAUGGCAUGAAAGAUUAGGACAUCCAAAUAGAAAAUAUCUAAGCAUUAUGAAGUUACCUUAUAGUAAAGAAGUGUGUAAUGCAUGUAUGAAAGGCAAGAGUACCCGUUUACCAUUUAAAACUGUGACUAAACCAAAAUCUUGUCAAAUUGGUGAACUUAUUCAUACAGAUAUUACAGGACCAGUACGAACUCCAACUAAAGAAGCUUGGAUGAUGAAUAUACCUAAAAAUGAUAAAUUUGAUGAUCGGGCUAGUGAAAUGAGAAUGGUUGGAUAUGCAAGAACAGGAUACAGAUUAUGGGAUCCGAAGAUGGAUAGAGUAUUCACCUCGAGAGAUGUAAGAUUCGAUGAAAGUGAUACAAGAUAUUGUGAAAAUGAAGAUAAAACAAACUAUUUUUAUAAAAGUCUAUACCAAGAUGAAGAAGAUACUAUAGAGGAAAAUAGAAAUAAACAGAAGCAAAAAGAAAUAGUAAAGACUAAUGAAAAUCAAGACACAAAUGAUAGAAGUGAAGAGCUAACUACAAAAAGUGGUAGAAAUAUAAAGAAACCAACCAAAUUAAAUGAUUAUGAGCUAUAUGAAGCAUACUGUUUUGUAAGUGAAGAAGACGAACCUAAAACAUAUGAAGAAGCAAUUGAAAAUGGAUGGGAUGAAGCAAUACAAACAGAAAUUAAAUCAUUAGAGAAAAUGAACACCUGGACUGAGACAAACAUACCAAAAGAUAAACAGAUAAUUGAUACUCGUUGGAUAUUUAAAAUUAAAGAUAAUGGUACAAAAAAAGCAAGAUUAGUCGCAAGAGGCUAUCAAUUAAAAGAAGAAAAUAACUUUGGAAAGCAUUAUGCACCAGUUGCUAGAUUAUCUACAGUUAGAACAGUGUUAGCAGAAGCAAUUCAAAAUGACUGGACAAUUAAACAAUUAGAUGUUCCAACAGCAUUUUUGAGGUAUACA